AUGGACGUCGACGUCGACCCGGGAGGUUUCCGUAUCUUGUCGAGGCUGCUCUCCAGAACCCGCCCCCACCUCGAACAAGGAGUCGAGGAGAAAGCCGAAAACAGAGAAAAGAGAAGGAAAUUGACAUACAUCAUAGACCGAGUGCAACCUCUGCGCUUAGCCUCUUUUGCUGAGGUCCCUUUUCAAGGGCCAGGGAUGGCAUCGCCGGCGAAAAGUGCUCCAGAAGAACAACCGGUGGCUCGGGUACCCUCCGUUGCUGGCAAGAACAAGACUCGGGCCAAACAGUCCUGUAUUCCCUGCAGGACUCGCAAGGUCAAGUGCGAUCGAAUAAAACCAUGUCACUCCUGCUGUGUCCGCGGGCUUCCUUCCGAGUGUGAAUAUGUUGCGAGCAAUGAAGAUCGAUUCCUCAUCACCCAGGCUGACGCCGUUGCGAGCCUGAGAAAAGAGGUUGGGAUGCUCAAACAACAGCUGGCAGCUCUUGGCCAUGUUCCCCGCUCAGAGCUUGAUGCAGCAGACAAAGACCUCAGUCAGACCUCAAAAAAGCCAUCUCUGAAGAGGCCUCAACCGUCCCCUUCUGACCACGAACACUCGCUGGCCAAUUCUGUCCCGUACGAAAAACAUGCGACCUUAAUGAGAAUAUUCGAAACUAUCGCUACUGCACCUGAAGAUAUUGUCGCCAAGACAGUUGCCCAGAUCAGAAAAGGCACUUUGCUGGAUGACAGUUCCGCACCUCUAUCGUGCUCAUCGAAACAUCCCUUCUCUUAUGUGGAAUCUCAAUCAUCCUCCCCAGAAUCUUCGUUUAGUGAUCCUCAAAGCGGAGAUGACGAAGAAUAUAGACAAUUCAAAAAGCACAAUCCCGGACUAAAACGUGAAUCCGUCGACAGAGCCUCUACUGGUGAGUUCUCAACGAGCCAUCCACCGAAUACCCCCGGCUCCCUAGUAGUGCGUAGGAAAUCAGAGUGCGGGGACGCUUGUUUAAAUACGCUAAAUACACCCGAGAGCAACAAGGCUACGAAUGGUAGUCAGCCUUCUCACGAAUCUGAAGUUCCUAGUCAAGGACACCAUGCUUCGCAAAACCGGGGACGGAACGAAUGUUCUAUCAUGACGACUGUUUCUCCGAAAAAUUUCUUGAUGGAAGGUUUUCUUAACCACUUCCUAGAUGAUUUCAGCCCUAACGUCGACGGCAAAACCAUCGGAACGUCCCAAACCAUUCGCGCCGCUGCUGGCAUUAGAAUGUUUUCCCCGGUUCUCUCCGAUGCCUUUAAAGCGGUUGCCCUGACUUACUUUGGCCACGAGGUCGCUGACCAACGAAUCGAACGGACAGGGUCACAAAUCCAUGUUUCUGUGCUACGGAAAUUGCAGGAAGCUAUUAACAAUAUGCACCAGAGCAAUUCCCAGGGUAUUCUACUAACGGUCUGCCUUCUCAUGUGUUUCGAAACUUUUCGGCGCACGACAAGCGAGUCUCUGGUGAGUCAUGCCUACGGCGCGCUGAAACUUCUAGAGUACCGAGGUCCGCAGAGCCAUAUGUUCGGGCUAGACCAUUAUUGCUUCGCAGAACUUCGACCGUACUGGGUAGCUAUAACCCUAAUCAUCCGAAAACCGACAUUUCUUGCCAAAGAAGAAUGGAAAACUAUACCUUUCUCAGCAGGUUCGUCCUCAAAGGACAUGAUGCACCAUCUUCUAGAUCAAGUGGUGGACAUUCCUUCAUACCUCGCGCAAUUCGACCGGUUUAUGGAGGGCAUUAAUUCAGGCUGCCUAAGUAACUCUGAAGUAGCAGCUACUCAAAGGAUGUUAUGGUCCUGGGUCAGCGAUCUUGAUCAGAGGUUACGCCAAUGGAAGAAAGAUUGGUUUGAUUCAGUACCCUCCCGCCAACCCACCGAGGUGACAAAGCAAGGCGACGACCCAUUUCCGGUAUUUCGCUGCCGCGACCCUACCACAAUGGAUCUAAUCACACCGACAACAUUCGUGUAUCCAGACCUACGGAUCGCCCACACGAUCUGCGUGUACUACGCGUCACACCUCGUCCUUUCGGCAUCUGAUACAAGACCGUCGGCCUCCCUGCAACCCAGCCAACAAUACGAGUUCGCAUGUAACAUUUGCCGUAGCAUGGAGUACUUCAUACGCAAGGCCCCAGGCAACCUCGUUAACCGGAUGGCGUUUCCUUUACGUGUUGCCUUCGACGUGGUGAUGGAGUCCAGCGUGGAACGACAAUUCAUCAUCGACAUAUUUCGGUUGGUGAAUGACCGGAACAAGCUCAAGCUCUGGGGCACCACAAUCCCGGAAAUAUCGUCAAAGAACCGACUUCGAUAACCACACCUACCAAUUCUAUGUUUCAUAUUUUCUGGCAUGAAAUAGCAUGGCGUUUGGGGAGGCUGUCUUCUUGGGUAGGGGAGGAAGGGGAAGGGGUUAUUCUUGUUAUGGGUUAUUGGGGUGGCGUUGAUUUGCUCUCUUGGAUUUGAUUUUUAUUUAGUCACUUGUUGUACCUUUCGUUGUAUGUAUCUGAACAUGUAGAUUAAUUUAUUCAGAUGGAUUUUCUUUUGACAAAUAAAAAGUAUGUUGAGUCUUC